AUGGCUACCUUUUCGAUCUUUGCGCUUUUCGUGGCUCUACGCCUCUUCCUCCUCGUCUCUUCCGCUCCGACUCCCCCCUCUGUGGGUGUUGGCAUCUCUAUUGGCGCCGCUGAUUCCACCUACUGGCUCGCAUCUAUUGAGCGCCAAGGCACUGUUGCUUUCGGUGCAUCGGACUACAAGGUCUUUCGAAAUGUGAAGGACUAUGGCGCUGCUGGCGAUGGAACCACCGAUGACACUGACGCAAUCAACUCUGCUAUUACUGACGGCGCGCGAUGUGGUCAAGGCUGCGAUUCAUCGACUGUCACACCAGCUAUAAUCUACUUCCCUCCCGGAACUUAUUCGAUCUCGGCUCCUCUGAUCCAAUACUAUUACACUCAGUUCAUUGGCGAUGCCGUGUCUCUUCCUACAAUUAAGGCUACACCUGGUUUCACAGGCAUGGCACUGAUAGACUCGGACCCAUACACUUCUACUGGAGCGAACUGGUAUACCAACCAGAACAACUUCUUCCGCCAAAUUCGGAACUUCAUUAUUGACACUACCGCUAUGCCCGUGACUUCUGGGGCUGGCAUUCAUUGGCAAGUUGCACAAGCUACUUCCCUUCAAAACAUCGUAUUCAAUAUGAGAACCGACGGAGGAACUUCAAACGCCCAACAGGGUAUCUUUAUGGACAAUGGCUCUGGUGGGUUCAUGACCGAUUUGACCUUCAAUGGCGGCAAAUAUGGAGCCUUCUUCGGAAACCAGCAAUUUACUACUCGCAACCUCACGUUCAACAAGUGCCAAACUGCGGUAUAUAUGAACUGGAACUGGGCAUGGACCCUUUCUGGACUCACAAUCAACAACUGCAACAUUGGUGUCGACAUGUCCAAUGGAGGCACAUCAGGCCAAACCGUCGGCUCUGUUCUUCUUGUUGACAGCACAAUCUCCAACACCCCUAUUGGUGUUUCUACCGCCUACUCGACAAACGAGGGAGCUACCAACGGCACACUAAUCAUUGACAACGUGGAUAUGUCAGAAAACGUACCUGUUGCAGUAUCUGAAGCAUCGACGAACUCUACCAUCCUCGCCGGAAAUGCUAAGAUUGCCUCAUGGGCUCAAGGCCGUCAGUACGAUGGUACGAAUUCUGGCACCGCUGUCCAAAAGCCCCAGACUGCUCCCAAGAAACCUGCCGCUCUCUUGGAUUCCUCUGGCAACGUUUUUACACGCUCAAAGCCCCAGUAUGAGACGGAGCCGGUUUCGGCAUUCUUGAGCGUGAAAUCUGCUGGUGCGAAAGGGGACGGUGUCACAGACGAUACCGCUGCCAUUCAGGCCUUAUUCAACAAAGCCAGCUCAUCUGACAUUGUUUACUUUGAUCAUGGUGCCUAUGUCGUCACAAGCACAAUCAAGGUUCCCAAGAACAUCAGAAUCACCGGCGAAAUCUGGCCUAUAAUUAUGGCUGGAGGGACUGCGUUCCAGGACCAAAGUAACCCAACACCGGUUUUCCAAGUAGGCCAGCCUGGCGAUACUGGAUCCGUCGAGAUAUCCGAUCUGAUCUUCGAGACUCUUGGGCCACAACCAGGCGCCAUUAUGGUCGAAUGGAAUGUUGCUGAAGCCUCCCAAGGCUCCGUAGGCAUGUGGGACGUUCACAUGCGUAUCGGAGGCUCAGCAGGUACGAAACUCCAGUCAGACACAUGUGCAAAGAACCCGAAUGUCACAGCCGCUGCCAACCCUGACUGCGAGGGAGCGUUCCUCCUCUUACAUGUUACAUCAAAGGCCUCAAUCUACCUUGAGAACAACUGGUUCUGGGUCGCUGACCAUGAGCUUGAUCUCUCAGAUCAUUCCCAGAUCAAUAUCUUCAAUGGUCGUGGUGUGUUGAUCGGAUCUGACGAAGGACCGGUUUGGAUGUACGGGACAAGUUCUGAGCAUUCCGUUUUGUACAACUACCAGGUUGCGAACGCUUCGAAUGUUUACAUGGCUCUCAUUCAAACCGAGACGCCCUACUUCCAAAGCAACCCAGAUGCCUCAUCGCCAUUCACUUCCAAUAGUGCUUACUCCGAUCCCGUCUUCUCCGGCACUCCAAGUGCUAACAAGGCUUGGGGUCUCCGCAUUGUUGAUUCGGAGGACGUGUUCAUCUUCGGUGCUGGCUUGUACAGUUUCUUUGACAACUACUCCCAAACUUGUCUAGAUACUGAGAGUUGCCAAGAGAACAUGGUGUCACUCGAGAACUCCGGCAACAUUCAUUUGUAUGGCUUGUCCACGAAAGCUUCAACCAACAUGGUUACCGUCGAUGGUUCGAGCGCCGCACUCGAUAGCGACAACCGCAACACUUUCUGUGCCACCAUUUCUAUUUUCGAGCUGGCAGACAGUACUGGCACUAAGUGUUAA